UCACCCUCUUCUAUACUUCGCUAAUAAUUUUCUUUAUUCCAUUCUUCUUCCUCUCCUUGUCCUUUGCCAUGGAACUAGGAAGUGUUCUUCAGUUUCUUGACAACAAAUCUAUUCUGGUCACCGGUGGAACUGGGUUUUUGGCAAAGAUUUUUGUGGAGAAAAUACUUAGGGUUCAACCUAAUGUGAAGAAACUAUAUCUACUCGUAAGAGCAGCGGACCAUAAAUCCGCCAUCCAUCGUCUGCACAAUGAGAUCAUAGGGAAGGAUUUGUUUAAAAUUCUGAAGGAGAAGCAUGGGAAAAACUUCACUUCGUUUAUAUCAGAAAAGAUCGGUGUAAUCCCCGGGGACAUGUCCCGUCAGGAUUUGGGUGUUGAAGAUUCUGGUUUGGUUCAAGACAUUUUCAAGGACGUGGAUGUUCUCCUUAACCUUGCUGCAACUACCAACUUUGAUGAAAGAUAUGAUGUGGCACUUGGCCUCAACACAAUGGGAGUUAAAUAUGUUGUGGACUUUGCCAAACAAUGUGUCAAACUACAUGUGCUGGUUCAUGUAUCCACAGCAUAUGUAUCAGGAGAGAGGUCAGGGCUUAUACUUGAGAAUGGGUACAAUAUGGGAGAAGCACUGAAUGGGGUGACAGGCUUAGACUUCGAUAUGGAGAGGAAAGUGGUUGACGAAAAGCUUAGUGAUUUAAGAUCACAAGGUGCUUCCGACAAGGAUAUCACUCUUGCCAUGAAAGAUUUGGGCAUUCAAAGGGCAAGGCUUUAUGGAUGGCCAAACACCUACGUAUUUACAAAGGCGAUGGGAGAAAUGGUGUUGGGAGAGUUGAAAGGCAUUGUUCCAGCACUCAUCAUUCGCCCUACCAUCAUCACCAGCACUUACAAAGAGCCCUUCCCUGGCUGGGCUGAAGGAAUCAGGACCAUUGAUAGCCUAGCAGUUGGUUAUGCUAAAGGGAAAUUGACAUUCUUCCUGGGAAAUCUGGACUCGGUAGUUGAUGUGAUACCAGCAGACAUGGUGGUGAACGCCAUGAUAGCAGCAAUGAUGGCUCACGCGUCGCACGAACCACCACCCGAGACGAUUUAUCAAGUUGGUUCCUCGGUCCGGAACCCGAUCAGGUACUCUCAUCUACAAGACUAUGGCUUCCGUUACUUUUCCCACAAACCAUGGAUCAACAAAGACGGGAAGCCUGUCGUUGUGGGCAAAGUCACAGUCCUCAACAGUAUGGAUAGCUUCCACAGAUACAUGGCUUUUCGUUACUUGCUUCUUCUCAAGGGACUAGAAUUGGCAAAUGCAGCAUUCUGUCAAUUCUUUCAAGGCGUUUACAGUAAUCUAAACAGGAAGAUCAACUUCGUUAUGAGACUGAUAGAUAUUUAUAGACCUUACUUGUUCUUCAACGCUAUUUUCGAUGAUUUGAACACGGAGAAGUUGCGAAUGGCAGCAAGAACAAGCCUGGUGGAGAAGGAUAUGUUGUAUUUCGACCCCAAACGCAUUGAUUGGGAAGAUUACUUCAUGAACAUUCAUAUUCCCGGCAUCGUAAAAUAUAUUUUCAAAUGAUUCGAAAACAAGGAAUAUUAAUUUGGUUAAUAAGGGUUGUAUUUCCUAAAUGCUUUAUCAAUUUCAUGGUUUUGAUUAGUGUAAGUCAUGGCAUGGCAGCAUCUGAAUGAUUAUGUUUAGCUGUCAACAAAUUGUGUACCAAGAAUACCUUAUCAUAAAACUAUAUUUCAUCAUACUAUCGGCCUAAUAUA